AUGGCAUGUGGGGUUAUGGCAAUUUUUGGUCAACUGCCAAAACAACUGGAAAAAUUAUUAUGUCUUUCUGUAAAAUUUUACCCUAUCUACUGGAAAGAAUAUUGUACAGCUGCAUCGCAUGUCAUAGUUUCACAUAUGAAAACUACUUGCUUCAGAGCUGCCCAGAUCAGCUACAAACACCAGUACCCUGCCAGGGAAGUCGACAGUGAUAUGUCCAAAACGUUACAUUUGUCCUUGAUCACACAGUCCAUGUCCAAACCGUCAAAUGAUUGGGGUUUUCCACGCUUAUCACGUCGUUUCCGUCCUGUCUAUCUCAAUGCGUGUAGUGCGGAAUUGCGACGUAAAGUCUCAGGGAAGUCACGGAAUUUGCGGCCAUCUGAAAGAGUCGUUUGGAAAGCUGCCAACGAAAACAGCUUCUUCCUGCACCUGGACAUAUUCCUCGCCGUACUCCUCCAGAUGAACCUACAUCUUCAAAUCUUUACGCGUUCUCAGUUCAGCGGACGCUAUUGGGCUGCUUGCUUUCCGUUCGAAUCUCGGCGCGACCACCGCGAGCUGUCACACAGGAAUCGGCGGAGAAAGGAGACGCUGUCCAUCCGCGAUUGGCUUUUGGAGAAUUUCUGGCUUGUUCUGAAGGAUCGUUGCCGCCAUAACCCCUCGGGCUGUGACGACUGUGAGCAGAAUUGGAGAAUGCCGAAGCGCUCUGAGUCUUAUUGUUAUUAUCUGAAGAUUCAGACCGACCUUCGGAAACUUGGCCUGUCAACCAACGUUGUUUCGGACUUUGCCGACGUUUUGGAAGUCACACGUUUGGACAAAACUUACAAAGAUAACUCUUCGUUUUCAACAAUCUUGUUGCGAUUCUCUUUCAUCUUGCGUGAUAACUUUCAUCUGAGUUCAGGAAAGAUGCAAACGCUGACAUUCGAGAGGAACGUCGUCACUAAUACAUCAGUAUUUCUACACUCCGCUUGUCACGACUUGUUUGGGCUUUUUUCGACUCGUACGAGCCCAAACGAGUCGAAACGAGCCACAAGUCACAAGUUGACAAGUAGAUCCAAAAAUCUCGCAAGUUGA